GCAGUGAGUCGACGCCUGUGCCUUCAUAGUCCAGAGAAUGCCCAAGUCCACAGCACCGAAAUGGAACUUGGGGAAACCACUGGCUCUCAUAUUCACAGUGGCUGUGAUCGUCGCGCUGUUUUCUCUACGCGGAUAUUCUCAGGAGAAAAAGAGUAAACGUCCCGGAGACAGAGUGAGAAACGAGCCAGUUAUCCGCAAACCGGAGGCUGAGGCGAGGCAUCCGGAUGAUGGUCAGGCACUGAUAACGUACAUCCGGCAACACCUCAUACGCCCGCCAGCGACGGCAGCAUACAACCUCACACAUCCGGAAAAAUCUCAUUUCACGCAAUACUCUCGCCAAAGUCAAAAUGCGUACGGCAUCUUCAAUGCAAAGCCCAAGGGCGUGUUCGUGGAGGCCCGCGCCCGGGACGGGGAGGAGGGGAGCCAUACCUUGUACUUCGAGAAGCACCUCUCCUGGACCGGCAUCCUCGUCGAGCCUGACCCUUCGCUCUUCGAGGCUCUCAUGUCGAAGAAUCGCCGGGCCUUUGCUGUUCAUGCUAAUCUCGCCACGUCUGAUGGAAGCCUUACGUCCAGGAACAAGAACCUCCCCCCUAAUCCCAGUCUCAACAGGUUAACGAGCAACAGUCUUCCGGGCCCACCAGUGCCCAGCGUCCCCCUUUUCUCUGUGUUGCAAGCCCUCAACACAACGCGCAUCGACUUCCUCUCACUCGACGUGGAGGGCGCGGAGCUCCAGGUUUUGCAGACGAUCCCAUGGGACAGAGUGAAGGUUCGCCUGAUGUGCGUGAAAGCAAAUCGUGUUCCAGGCGGACCCACGUUUCUUACGCAGUACAUGGAAGAGCAAGGGUACGCUUCUCUUGGCCUGACGGAGAAUGAUGUCUGGUUUGCCUUUUUGUGA